UGUAUAAUAUUUUUUUACUUUUGACUUAUAAUAUAUAAAAUCCUACAUAAUGAUAGCAUAGUCAGUUUUUCUUGGACCUUUUUUCUGGCAAUACAUAUUCAUUUGGUUAUUACUUAACUAUAAUAUUACUUAGCUAUUUUACAGCAUGUCUAUUUGUUAUUAAUUACUGCUUCUUUCUUCUUAUUAUAAACUGUAUAUAGAUCGUAUCUGCGAAAUGCUUUGUAUAAGCCUGCUCAGAUCUAUCUAAACUUUAGUUAUUGAAAAGUUUUGUUUAUUAAGCUUAUUAUAUACUCUUAAUUGUACAUUUUGGUCCUAAAUACACACAAAAAAAACGCCAGUUCUCGUCUGAUCACUGAAGUUAAGCAACAUUGGGCACGGUCAGUAAUUAGAUGAGUGAUCGCUUGGGAACAUCGUAUACUGUUGGCAUAUUUUUUUCUUUUAAUUUUUCGAAUAUCCUUUAUUAUAGUUAUAAAUUUAUUUAGCGCACACAGCUAAAAAAAUUGUGUAGUUGCAAACUAUACUGUUUAAAUGACUAUAUAGAUAGUUAAAAAAGUAAUAGUGGAAACAUCAGCUUCUUUUCUUUUUUAAAAUAUCUUGAUAGUAUUUUAGAAUCACUUUAUUAUUAUUUGACUUACAUUAACAAUAAAAAGUUUGUAGCACGUGCAAUAUGUGUAAAACAGUCUUUUGGUAUAUCGAGAAGUCUUACAAACGUCAACGGUCAUACCACGUUGAAAACACCAGUCCCGCUGGAGACGCGCUAGAGUACACUAGGCACACGUAACCCUACCAGUGUCAGCAGGACAAAAACAUACAGGACAAUAAAUAAAACGUUUAGACACCAACAAAUCCACCGUGGAGGAAAAUAAGGAUACAAUCCUGAUUUGCAAUGAGAACGCGAUAAGUCAUGCUGCGAGUUCAGCAGAAAUAAUACAAGACGAUAGCGAGAACAUAACCUCGAAAUCAAACAGAAGUGAGCCAGAAUUAAAUAAAAAAGGGACACAAUUAUUGUGGUCAGAUUGGGAGAUAAGGAAAGCUCUGGGCAACCAGGACGAUAAACCGCUGAAAAGACUAAUAAAUAAAACGGUGAAAAGAAACCUAAGCUUACCAAGACCCAAAAUGACCAAAGACAAUAUCAAAAAUAAGAAGAAGAAGUCAGAAAGGACGGAACAAAACAAGGAAAACAUAAACCCAACGCAGGAUAUAAUCUCAAUCAAGAUAUUAAGAGAAGAAAACCAAGAGCAGAAGAAAAAAAUAGCUGAACUAGAAGAACUUAUCAAACAAUUAAGAACAGCAAUCAACGAUAUGGAUAGUUUUAGGAAACAAACACAGAUUAGCAAUAUAACACUUUCUCAAGACCACAAUAGAUCCAACACACUACAGGAAGUAGGAGACAAUGAGGAAAUGGAAACGGAGGACUCAGGAGUCAGGGAAAUAGAAAAGAGCUACAGGAUCGACGAAGAAAAGCCCAAGGACUGGAACGAGAUAGCAGAACAAGAACAAUACAAGGAAAGUGAGAAUAAUGUAACCAUGAGUCAAGACUACAGAAAACAAAAACAGAGUGUAAACAACAAAAAGCUUCAACCACCCCCAAUUAAUAUCUUUGAUCAAGAUCCCACGAUGCUAACAAAACUCCUGAAGGAAGAAAUCAAUUAAACAAACUUCAGCAUCAAAAGACUAGGAGAAAAAAAGAUAACAUUGAAGGUAAAUACAAUGACACAACAUAAGAAAAUAAUUAAAAUUUUACAAGAAAGGAAUAAAAAUUUUUAUUCGUAUACAAGAAAAGAUGAGAAAAUACAGUCAUGGUCUCUCAAAGGAAUUAGCCCCUCUUACAACGAAGAAGAAAUACUUGAAGAACUAAACAGUCAAGAAAUAAAGGAUAUAUCAAUACAAAGGUUUGCAGAUUCACAACGAGAGCAGCAGAAAAAAGGAACCAGGUGCUGCCCAUAUUCAUGGUGCAGUUGACAACUGAGAGUAACCCGAGAGGCCUACUAGGAAUCAGGAUAAUAGCUCACCAUGUAGUCACCUGGGAAAAAUUAAAGAAGAAGGAGAUAAUUCAAUGUAAACGUUGCCAAAGUUUAAAGAGCAGCCGGUCGAGCCACACAGUAUCAAAAGCUUUUUCUAGAUCAACUAGGCAUGCUCCUAAGCAUUUUUUAUUAUUUAGAUUCCAGUUUAUGUCUAAGACUAUUUUAUUUAUCGCAUGUGUCGUUGAAUGGCUCUGUCUGAAACCAUAUUGGCUCUCAGGGAUGAUCUCUAACUCUUUACAUUUCUUCGUAAGUAAGUCAUUGAUUAUUUUUUCAUAGAUUUUACCUAUAUUUGAUAGUAAACUAAUCGGUCUGUAGCUAGUAGGAUUGGAGUGAUCUUUGCCUUUUUUUUAGUAUUGGGAUGACUUUAGCUUUUUUCCAUUUAUUUGGAAAGUAUCCUAUAUUUAUCAUGUUGUUAAAUAUUAUUGUGUAUUGAUACGUUAUUAUUUUAGGGAGAUUUUUCAGUGCUAUAUUCGGAAUUCCAUCGUCACCUACCGACCUUUUAUUAUUUACUUUUUUUAAUUUAGUAUUUACUGCUUCAUGUGAUGCAAAUAUAUUUAUCCUGCUGUCUUUGGCCGAGGGAUUACUAGCUCUGUUGGCGUCGUUGAAUGUGCACAGCGGAAUUUCGUUCUCUAAUUGCGAUGAAUAGUCUGAUUUCAUUUCAUGAACUUUUCCUUCAACGUAAUCAUUGAAUCUUGGAUUACCUAGCUUAUCGUUUUGUGAAUUUACUUUUGCAAAAUGUACUGCUAUUAGAUUCAAUUUUUGUUUCUCUUCUGUUAUUAUAAGGUUUCCUGUGCUAUCAGAAUUUAAAGUGGUCUUGUCGAUUUUAGCUUUAUUCAGUAAAUCUUGGUUGUUAUUAUUUAUUUUGAAUGCAGGUAACUUUGGAGGUUCUUUUUUUCUAAAUAAUUUAUUGAUUUCAGAAAACAUUGUUCUUGGAUUUUUGUGACUAAUUUUUUUUACUCUGUUUUCCCAGUAGCUACUGACCGAUCUAGUAAAUUCGAUUUUUUUUUUAAUAUUUAACUCUUUGCUUCUUUGUUUCAGUUGUUGUAGUUCAUUACUAUUUUUAUUCGGAUUUCUGUUCAUUCUAUGUAUUUUGGUAAGUAUUUUUCUGUUUUCUUUUCUAAGUUUUUUUAUAUUUUCAUUAAUAUAAGUUGAUAAAUAAUCUGUUGAAUUUCUUUCUUUUAUUUUAGAUAUCGCUGCAUCCAUUGCCUGUGAAAUUUGGUUAGAGAGGAUGUCUAGAUAAUUAUCAAUCAUAUUUCUACUCAAGUUACAGUUGGAUAGUAUGUUUUCUUUCCAGUUCUUUAUUAAUUUAUUUUGAUAUUUUUUCCAAUCUGCUUUAUCAAAGUUAUAUUUAUGUUUAUUCCUCUUUUCUUCUAGUAGGAAACUUUGGUCAUCUAACUUUACUUCAAAAAUUAAUGCUUCGUGGUCGCUUUCACAGGAAAUAGUACGCAGUUCACCCUCGAUAAGAUCAAUUAUCUUAAUUCUAGUAUCUAUCAGCGUUAGGUCGAAAUAUGUUCCCUUGCUUGGGAAAGACGGAUAUUUUGAGUUAUAAUGUUGUAAUUUAUAUUCAAUGUCAUUCUCUCCAAUCCAAUUGUGCAAUGCAUUAUCUCUAUCGUUAUUGUUUUCGUUUUUCCAUGAUGUGUGUCUUGCAUUAAAGUCGCCUGCUAAAAUAUAAUAAUUAUUAAGCUCAUUGAGUUUGAGUUCUUUGAAUAUAUUAUUUAAUUCGGGUAUAAAAUGCUUGUUAUUGCCUCGGAUUGAGUAUAUUGCUGCUAUAAAUAAUUUAUAAUUGUUGCUUAAGUUAAUUCGUACUAUCGUUUUUUCUAUUGCCUUACUUGAAUUGGUUAGAUUGACCUUGUCAUACUUGAUGUUAUUACGUAUUAAUAGCGCUGUACCUCCCGCUCUAUUUUGACUUAUUCUAUUGUUAAAUAUGCAGUUGUAAUUCUUGUAAAAUACUCUGUGAUUAUCAUUAAGUUUCGUUUCGCUCAGUAGGACUAAGUCAAGUUUGUAUUUAUCUAAUAAAAGUCUUAAUUCCUCCCUUUUAUAGUUACUGACUAGUGAGUUCACAUUGAGUGAGACUAUUUUUAAUUUAUCUAUUCUUAUGUUAUGUGUAUGUUCUGCCAUUUUUAUUUACUAUGAAUUUAUUCGGGAAUUCAGUUUCUAAAAAGUUAACGAUUCUCUCAAUCUUAAUUAUUAAUUCGGGGAGUUGUGCAGUAACUUUCUCCAAAUUAUUUAAUUUAUUGAGUGUGAUUUCGUUUGUUUCUAUGAUUUUUAAAAUCUUCCUGUGUUGUUCGAAAGCUUGUUUUAAUUCUAUUUUGUUGUUCAUUAUAAUUCCUGUUUUCUAUUUGAUAGUUACUAUUUUUGGUAUCAAUAUCUUCAUUAUCAACUAACGUAUGUAAUUUAGAUACAUCUGCAUAUGAGAGAUUCUCAUUUACUGUACGAUAAUUCAAAUCUUUACUCGCUACAUUUGUAGUUACAGACUUAGUAGUUCUGCUUCUGAUUAGAUUGCUAAUUUCUUUAAUUUUAGGGCAGCCUCUGUAGGAUGCUGGGUAUCCAUAUUCGUUACAGUUUGCACAAAAUAUUUUAUCUUUGUCUGUAUUUGUUAAAGCACAAUUCCCUGGUUCAUGUUUGUUAUUACAUUUUACGCACCUACAUGGUAAAUUACAAUUAACUGCUGCGUGACCUAACCUUUGGCAUCUCUUACAUUGUAUUAUUUCCCUCUUCUUCAAUUUCUCCCAGGUGAUUAUUUGGUGAGCUAUCAUUUUGAUUCCUAGCAGGCUUCUCGCAUUGCUCUCUGCUGUUAACUGGACCAUGAAGAUUGGGAGCACUUGUUUCCUCUUUUCUGCUGCUCUCGUUGAGAAUCUGCUCACUUUCGUGAUUGUUACCUCGUCUGUUAUUUGGCUGCUUAAUUCUAAUAUUUCUUCUUCAUUGUAAGAAGGGCUGAUUCCUUUAAGAAACCAGGAUUGCAUUCUCUACUCUUUUCUUGUAUAUGAGUAGAAGUUCUUGUUUUUCUCUUGUAGCGCUUCUAUAAUUCUCUUGUGCUGGAUCGUUGUUUCCACUUUUAGUGCUAUUUUUCUUUCU